AUGGAUCACUCACACAUGGAUCACAGCGGUAUGGACCAUGGAGAUAUGGACCAUGGUCAUGGAGGAGGUAUGAAGGACAUGUGCAGUAUGAACAUGCUCUUCACCUGGGAUACCAACAACCUUUGCAUUGUCUUCCGUCAAUGGCACGUCCGUUCAACAACGUCGCUCCUCUUCUCUCUCAUCGCCGUCAUCAUCCUCGCCAUCGGCUACGAAGCCCUCCGAUCUGUCUCCCGUCGUUACGAACAAGCUCUCGAUAACCGUGUCCGCUCCGCCCCCAGUCUAUCUGAUGCUCCUGUUACUGAAUCGACUCCCAUCCUGUCAGGACAAUCCCAGGGACAAGCCGACCAGCGCGCCCACCUCGUCAAGGCUGUCUUGUACGCUCUGCAGAACUUUUACGCCUUUAUGCUCAUGCUUGUUUUCAUGACAUACAAUGGUUGGGUCAUGAUUUCUGUUUCCUUUGGCGCAUUUCUCGGAUAUUUGUUCUUUGGACAAAGAACUUCAGCCACAAAAGAAAACGCAUGCCACUAA